GGAUUGUUGAAAAUAACCUAUGUACGGAAGUGCUGUACAAGAUACUGUGCUGUGGGAGGAGGUUUUGCUAACCGUGCAGAGAAAUGAAUUUGUGUUACGGCGACAACAAUUAACAUACUGGUGAGACGUCAAAUACGCCUAACCCUACCGAACGUUUUCAUCAUGAUUUUAAAACGCAUACGGAUGCUUCACCUUCACCUUUUUCGCACAUUUUUAUAUCGUCAACAAAAUACCAUGGAUUUGAAAAUGCUAUUGAAUGAUGUUAAUAAGCCACUGCAAACGCUUACUUCUUUCUACACGACUUAUGUUCUGCCUUACGUCAAGCGUAGGUCUCCGCAAACCUUCAUAGCUGCUGCCAUCGCUGCUUUCUUCAGCUAUCAAGUUUACAGUUUUGUACGUGUGCCAAAAAGCCUGAGGCAUAUACCAGCUGUUCCCUUCUGGGCGUACAUGAGAUCGGCGUUGUCGGAGGAAGGCAUUGACUUACGAACUCGCAACGUUAUUCUUCCAGUUCUUAAGAACUCGCCGAAUGGCAUCUACUUACGACCAAAUCGAUUUGGGUGGUGUGUAAGUGUGGCUGGUCCCAGCGCCAUGAAGACACUCCUACUUCGAAAAGAUGAUUUUGAAAAGCAUCAAGGUAUUGUUCUACAACCAGAAUCACUAUUUAGCAAGUUCAUAGGCACACAAAACAUUGUUGCUUUGAACGGCAGUGUUUGGAAGAAGCACCGUAUGAUUGCCAAUCCCGCAUUCCAUCGAUCCAUGCCUGUCAAAUUGUUUGGUCGUUUAUGUGAAAAAAUGAUGACACAAUUUGAAAAGGAGGGAGAUGGCAUUAAUAAUGUAAACGUCCCCAUGUUUUUGCAACGUUUCACAUUGGAUGUCAUUGGCCUUGCAGCAUUUGGCUACGAUUUCGAAGCUCUCGAUGACCCAAACAAUGCAAAAGUAGGCACCUACAACGCUAUUAUGGAUGGCUUUCGAAACCCCGUCUUCUUCUUCUUCCCCAUCCUCGAGAAACGAUUUCUCUGGGCACUACCUAAGCGUCGAGCCGUACACAAGAAGAUGGACGACAUGAAUCAGAUUUUCUAUAGCAUUAUUGAGAACAAGCGUCAGACUCUGGCAAACAUGAAAGAAUCGGCUGAAGAUGCAGAAAAGGAUUUACUAACGUUGAUGCUUGAAGCCAACGCAGAUUCAAAGGAUGCUGGAGAUCGACUUUCAGAUUCAGAGCUUCGUGAUGAUUUGGCCAUCUUCUUCUUGGCAGGUCAUGACACAACAUCCAAUGCACUGUCAUUUGCGCUAUACCAUUUAGCGGUCAAUCCAAAAAUACAGGAGAAAGCUCGAAAAGAAGUGAUUGAAGUUUUAGGUGAUGGAGACGAUAUCGUCUAUCCCAAUGCGUCCCAGUGUUCAGAUAUGAAAUACAUUUAUAUGGUCAUGAAAGAGACAUUAAGAUUGGAGCCCCCAGCCCAAAACACCACCCUACGCUUAAAUAAGGAAGACUUUGAGCUUGCAGGAACUUUUAUUCCCAAGGGGUCAUCAGUAUCGGCUGACAUAUACGUCAUGCAUCAUAACCCGUCCAUCUGGAAGGACCCUGAGGCGUUCAUUCCUGAGCGCUUUGCCCCGGGCGGUGAGAGCGAAUCGAAGGCAGGUAAUGGCCUCUUCUGGGUACCGUUUGGAAAUGGUGCUCGACAAUGUAUUGGCAUGAACUUUAGCUUAGCUGAACAAAAAGUAUUGCUCUCCAUGAUGCUACGCAAGUUUACCUGGACACUUGCUGAUAACUCUAUCAACAAAGAUGGCAUAGUACUAGGGGGAGGAACAGGCAUCAUUUCUCCAAAAGAUCUCCAUUUGAAGUUCUCAAAACGAUUUUAAGCGGAUUUGGUACAGCACUCACUCAUUAUAUCCUUCAAUGAUAUUAAGUG